AUAGUCUAAAGCAUAAAAUGGGAAAUUAUAGAACAAAGCGCAGGCAAUCAGGAUGCCUUGAUGUUGCAGUAAAUGCCGGUAAGCGGGGAAGGCAUUCAUCAGAUGGACAACCAGCAAACAAGCGGAUAAAAAAGGCAAAGAAAGGUGAAAUCAACUACUUGCCCAACUUUCCGGAUGGAUUUGAUCAAGCUGCCCUGGAAGAGGCCCGUAAGGACUUGGCUGAUGAAAUGCAGAAGAGAACCCCAAAUGGACUUCUUGUAAAACAAAAGAUGGAUCAGACUUUUGCUUUGAGAAGAAAAGAGGUUGUGGACUCUGAACCCCCAUAAACAUGAUGGUGAAACGCUGGCCUGCCCUCUUCACAGAAGAUCAGGUGUUCAUGGAGUUCAGCAGGAUUGUGGGCAAGAACCUCAAGCAGGAAUUUUAUGAGAACAUCGAUCGGCACAGUCCUCGUUUCCUUGAGUUAUUUCGUUCCAAGAGAGGGAAUGUUGGACAGUUGUUGACUCAGAUUUCACAACAGACCAAUACUACUGACCCAACUGCAAUCCGGACACAGGUGCUCAGAGGGCUUCCAAUCAUCCUGGGGGACAAUCCUUCAACCUUCUUCAAAGCAGGCUUUGAAUCAGAUGCUGAUUUUUUCCGUGACCUUGACAUCGGGAUUCUUCUCACUGAGCGUGAAGAGGCUGUGCUCACAUCUGCCCAGCAUCCAAGUCCAACCUUGUUGAAAAUUAUCAUUGAGGGAGAAGUCGUGAUGGAAAACAUCCAAGAUCUGCCUAAAGCAAUGUGCAUUCUGUUUGGACUCACGUAUGCACUCCAUCUUAACUAUCCUAAAAGUAUGAAGCUGACCUUUCUGUUCAUCCAACAGAUUUUGCUCUCAUUAGGCCACACUGACCUAAAGCCAAAGAUACAAUCUUUGAAAAAUCAGCUUACAAUGUAAAGUGAUGUCAUCUCUACUGUGACAUGUUUGUUUUUUUUCCUCACCUUUUUGGUUCUGUAAAACAGCCCAACAAAAAGGCACAAAACGCAGAAACAGACACAUUCAGCACCCAGUCAGAACAGUCCCAUACAACACCUACAAACAAAAAACACUACACAUAAACUUCUAUACACACAAACACACACACACACACACUUAGAUGCUUUAGAAGUGAGCAGAAGCAUGUGACGUGAAAGUAAAAAUUGAAGAGUUGUACCUGAAAGACAGACAUUGUUUAAGUUGUUGCAUCAUAAGUCUUUGUAGAUGGAGUUGGAUAUUGUUCUAAUUAGAAAGUCUUUGUUAGUAUGUCUGUUGACCUGCCUUAAUGUAGGCAGAUGGUGCAGAUCCUGUUUGUAACAGGGAAUUUUUGGGAAUUCUGUUUUUUGUUGGUUGUUACAUUCACCUACCACACAACACACACACAUUCAACUACCACACAAACACACACACAUUCAACUACCACACAAACACACACACAUUCAACUACCACACAAACACACACACAUUCAACUACCACACAGACAAAUUAACAUUGGCUUUGUUGUGGCUUUUUCUUAAAAAUAAAAUGCAUUGGAGCAUU